AUGAAUGAGGGUAGAUGCGAUAAUUCUGCGGUGUUUUUAAGCGGCAAAGUUUUUUCAAUGGGUGGAUUUAAUAGGGGUGCUUUGAAGACGGCAGAAUGUUAUGAUCCUGCCAGUAAGCGAUGGAGUUACAUUGCACCAAUGAAUAAUACUCGACAUGGUUUUGGCAUUUGCACGUACAAUCAUCUAAUUUAUGUUGUUGGUGGAUAUCAAACAUCCACAGUAGAGAGCUAUGAUCCUGCAACUAACAAAUGGCACUUGUGUCAGAAUAUUCCUGAGGGUUGGAAAGAAAUAAGGCACGAAAAAAAGGAAAGAGAUGUGGCUUUCUAUACCUCAAGAGUGGAUGACGAUGGUAACGAAUUGGAGAGACGGCCAAUGGCACGGAGUUUAGCUUCAUCAAUAAGUGAAAGCACUACGAGAUUAAAUUUAAGUUCACGCAGUUGUGAUAGAAAAGCUGGUGUACUAUAUAUUAAUCCGGCCGCUUACAUAGAGAAAGAUGGUGAAAUGGAAAGAUCACCUGAUGCUGGUCAAGGUAGCAUAGAUAGUAAGUGCCCAUCAGUUUCCGAAACUGAAAGCGAUAUUGUGCCGCCGUUGGAUUUGCAGUCGGAAGAAAAUUAUCCAACAACAAGGGAUUAUACGUUUUCCUACCGCAAACAUUGCGAAGCGGCCAAGAUUGUUUUGAAACCGGAAAAGGCCUACGAGACUUGGCUUUCUGCCAAAAGAAAGCUGCUAUCGGAUGAGGCUGCCAGACGUAAAAAAGCCGAACAACAAAAGCGUCAAGAAUUAGAAGAUCGUAAGCGUUUAGCCGAUGAAAAAUUUAAAAAUUGGUUAAAAAAAAAAGCUUGCCAACCAAAAACAACUCAUCUAGCACAGGAGCCAUCAAUGCAACAAAUUAGUUCAAAUUUAACGAUUAAAUCGACAUCAGCGAAUACAGAUUUGUUAGAAAGACCGACGCGUUCUCAAUUGAGCGAAGAGGAAACUUGCAAGUAUUGUCGUAAU